GCCCUGCAGGUCACUUACCCCACCAUGGUGAGCCAAUUAAACUGAAGCCAGGUCGGCCCUGCGGGCCCCACCCUUCCUGCCGUCGGGCAUGCGUCCUUGGCCCCCCCAAGAUUUUUUAAAAAGGAGUUCGGCGCGCCGGAAAUGAGAGAGAGAGAGAGAAAGAGUGGGGGAAAGGGGGAGAGAGAAAGAGAGAAGCGCCGGGAGGAGCGUUCUAGAUUUUGAUACUGCCUCCGGCUGAAGCUUCUGGACUCAAAUAUGAGAUUGGAUCCGGUUGAUUGGUACAGCUUCGGGCCAGGAUAGAGAGAGGGAGAGUGAUGUCACAUUGGAACGGAUACGAGGUUCGGGAUAUUUUCGACGAUGUAGAUGGUGGUGUUAAUAAAUUUCUUCCUUUUCAAGAUGAACAUGCUCUUGAAUCUGUAACUUUAAGUGAUUCACGUAAGAAGCCACGAUAUGAGGCAGCAAGUGAUGUCAAAACAAAUAUAGAUCGUGAAGGUACAGCAAAUGUGCCUUCUCUUCCAGGACAAGAUGGAAGACUUUUUCCCUCUGCUUUGAAAGAGGAAGGUUCCAAUAUUCCAAAACUUUCACGGUCUCUUAUAUCUGAAAAAAAGGCUCAAGCAUUAGGCUUUACAAAGUGCACUACAGGCAACACCCUUUUAGAUUGCCAAGGGGUUGAAAUCUCCGUUAGUUCUUUUGGAGAGGGUGAAAAUGGCAUAGGAAACACCACAUUAUGCUCAGAUUAUCCUUUUCCUUGGAAAAAUGGUUCUAUACAUCACAAAAAAACUGGUAAUAUUUCCUCUGCCAACGUUAGUGUACCGACAAUGGAACGAAGGGAAGGAGAGAAUGAUCCUCUAUUUUAUGAUUGUCCUAAUGUUGAAGAUCUUGAGGAUUUUGACGGAAUGCUCAGAAACCUUGGUUCCACAUUUGUACAAGGGAGCACUGUCAGCGAAGAUGAUAUCUCAUGGUUCUCAUCUAGUUCACAUGGCUUUCAUGGUAUGGAAGAUACUUUACAAUCAGUCGUACUAUCUUCAGUUUCAGAGUUUAGUGCUUUUAAAAAUAUAUCUUCUCAUGGUUUGUGCGACGAUAUUUUGCCUGGAAUUGAACCAUCGGCCAUUAACACUGAGGCUCCCUCUGAUACCCGCUGUAGUUCUUUUCCAAUGUAUUCUGAUGCUGAAAGGAAGGGUAAAUCGGCACUAUCUGAACUGGCGUAUCUUCAUGCUGGGAUUGGUGAAAAAGGUUCAACACUUGAACAAGUUGGCUAUGGGAAUGCAUGCAGAUAUCCUGACAUGAUUAAUAUGACUCUUAAGGACCUUUGUGAAACCACAACGAAGAAAAUCAAUCCAACUUUAGGAUCCGUGCAAAGUUCAUUAAGUGGCUGUAGCUUGAUACAGAAUGUCCAAGUUCAGGAACUUCUUUCUUCUGUGGUGUCAGCUCCGCAGCCUUGUUCUCUUCAAGUUAUUUCAACGCAAAACCUUUUCUCAGAAUCUUAUUCUUCCAAGUGCUUACAUUCCUACAAUCCUCAAGCACAGAUGAGCGACAUCCUUAAACUUCAACACGUUCUACCAGGACAGACAACACUUACAUCCAGUGUUUUACCUGGUUAUGUGUCCUCAAACGAUCUGUCAAGACACGCCACGCAGUCCGUAGGAAUUUCACCUGGGACCUUUUCCAUGCCGUCAAUGCCAAUAGAGAAAAACGAAAAAAUAUAUGCAUGUCGGAAGUUUGCUUCUCCAUUGGUAAUGAAUAGACCUUCAGAACAACAUGCUGCAGCAAGUGAAUCUUCAGUUCAAAGAAAAUAUAAAUUUAACGUUGAAGUUGACGGUGAUAAAAAACCAGCCUAUAUAAGGCAAAAUCUACAAGCGGUUGAUAUAGAAUCUUCAACUUUUCAAAACAAUUCUUGCAUGACGAGUACUUUUCCUGAUGAUGUGUCUCUAAAAGCAGCCAAUUUUCAGCAGCUUCAGAUGAUUACAGAUCGGCUAGGUGUUAGAACUAAGCUGUGCAUAAGGGACAGUUUGUAUCGUUUGGCAAGAAGUGCUGAAAAAAGCCAUUACUAUGGCACUGCAAAAGAUGUCAGCAUUGGAAGUAGCUCUAUGAUAGGACUUCAGGGUGCCAAAGAUUCAAAGAGGCCUCCUGAAAUCUACGGUGUAUCGAUUAGCACAAAUGCAAUAGAACGUUCUGUAGCCUACCUACUUUUUCACAAGUCAUUGGAGUCUGGUGCAGGCACUGCAGAUAAUAACAUAUGCUUCAAACCACCCAUUCAUAUCCAUGGCCCUGUUGGCAAUUGUAAAGAACCCAAUCUACCUGCUUCAUGAAGAUCAUUUAAUGGUACUGGAAAUACAAACAAGUUAAUAACCUGCAGCAGUAAGGAACUUAUUCAAACAACAUUUGUAUGACUUAC